CAGACACUCUCUAUGCAGACAAAGUUUGAAGCAAAUAAUUUAAACGUUUCUCUCUUUGUUAGGUGUUGAGAUUUAAGUGGUCCUAGCAGACCAUGCUCCACUAUGUUUGGGGAUUUGUUUUGGUUUGAUUUGAUUUGAUGUGUUUGGGUGCUUGGGCAGCUUGUAUGUGUGUGCAGUAAGCUUGCCUGAUGAAAGCCGUUAUGUAAAUGAUCCCGUGGUUGGCGACUUUACAGGACAGGAAAUCAGAAGCCAGGUGAUCUGGGCGGAGCUAGGAGGAGCCUCUCUGGGGAACCAGGCUGAAGGAACCGGAAAUUCCUCCAUUCCCUGUUGUACUCGGGGAUCCUCAUGGUCCAGAACAAGAUGUAAAAUUUCAACAAGAGCUCAAGUUUUCUCCUAAGACACUCGGAGAAGAGCCACAAGAACAAUGGAUGCUUCUGUGGUAAAUGCUCCCCAGGGUCUGUUAUCACUCAGGGAUGUGUCUGUAGACUUCUCACAGGAAGAAUUGCAAUGUCUGGACUGUGAACAGAGGGCUUUGUACUUGGAUGUGAUGUUGGAGAAUUACAACAAUCUGCUUAUUGUGGAGUUCUAUCACCUAUGUGGCAAAUGGGAGACCAUCUUGCACCAAGGCACAAAGCAUUUUAUCCAUGACCAUGAAAUUAUUCAAGAGAAGUCUUACACAUGUAAUGAGUCUGGCAAAGUGAUUCUUGAAUCCUGCCAAUGUACACCUUGUGACACAAUGGAUACUGCCAAAAAUGUCAACAAGUACAGAUUUGGUAACCACAGAGAUGCCUCUAAUGAAACCUUAAACCUCAACAGACACAACAUUGGGAAUGCUGGGGAAGAAACUUGCAAAUAUGAAGAUUGUAUAAAGUUUUUGUAUUUGUGUUCCAUCUUUAGCCAAAAUCAAAGAACUCACAUAGGAAAGGAAAUCUACAAAAAUGCAGAGCAUGAUGCAACUUUUGAGUCUAAUACUGAAACCAAACUUAAAGAAACUGAUUGCGGAGAGAAUCCACAUCAAUGCAUGCAAUGUGAAUUCUUCAAGACUCACUCAAACCUUGUUAGGUAUCAUGGUUGUAGUAAAUCAGUUCUGAAUUUUUCACAACUCAGUAUGUAUUACAAAAUCCAUUGUAGAGAAAAUCCCGACAAAUGUACAGAUUGUGGCAAGUUCUUUAAUUAUUUAUCAAAGAUUGAAAGAAAUUUCAACAUCUACACUGGAGAGAAACCUUACAAAUGUAGUGAAUGUGACAAAUCCUUUUCCAAGAAAUACCAUCUAUCAAAUCAUCAGAGAGUCCACACUGGAGAGAAGUCUUACAAAUGUAGUGAAUGUGGGAAAUCCUUUUUCAGGAAAUACAGUCUUACACUUCAUCAGAGAAUCCACACAGGAGAGAAACCUUACAAAUGUAAUGAAUGUGACAAAUCCUUUUACAGAAGAGACCAACUUAGACAUCAUCACAGAAUCCACACAGGAGAAAAACCUUACAAAUGUAGUGAAUGUGACAAAUCCUUUCUCACAAAAUACCAUCUUGUAAAUCAUCAGAGAUUCCACACAGGAGAUAAUCCUUACAAAUGUAGUGAAUGUGACAAAUCCUUUAACACAAGAUACUAUCUUAGAUGUCAUAAGAGAAUCCACACGGGAGAUGAUCCUUAUAAAUGUAGUGAAUGUGACAAAUUCUUUAAUACAAAAGAGCAUCUUAAAGCUCAUCAGAGAAUUCACACAGGAGAGAAACCUUACAAAUGCAGUGAAUGCGGCAAAUCUUUAACCACAAAACACAAUCUUAUACUUCAUCAGAGAAGUCACACAGGAGAGAAACCUUACAAAUGUAAUGAAUGUGAAAAAUCCUUUAACAACAAAAACCAUUUUAGAAUUCAUCAGAGAAUCCACACAGGAGAAAAACCUUACAAAUGUAGUGAAUGCGGCAAAUCCUUUUCCAAGAAAUGCCAUCUUAAAAAUCAUCAGAGAUACCACACAAGAGAUAAUCCUUACAAAUGUAGUGAAUGUGACAAAUUCUUUAACACAGAAGAUCACCUUAUUGCUCAUCAGAGAAUUCACACAGGAGAGAAACCUUACAAAUGCAGUAAAUGUGACAAAUCCUUAACCACUAAACGAAAUCUUGUACUUCAUCAGAGAAUUCACACAGGAGAGAAACCUUACAAAUGUAAUGAAUGUGACAAAUCCUUUAACACAAAAUACCAUAUUAGAAUUCAUCAGAGAAUCCACACAGGAGAAAAACCUUACAAAUGUAAUGAAUGUGACAAAUCCUUUAUCACAAAAUACCAUCUUAGAAAUCAUCAGAGAUUCCACACAGGAGAUAAUCAUUACAAAUGUAGUGAAUGUGACAAAUCCUUUAACACAAAAUACUAUCUUACAAGUCAUCAGAGAAUCCACACAGGAGAUAAUCCUUACAAAUGUAGUGAAUGUGACAAAUUGUUUAACACAAAAGACAAUCUUAGAGCUCAUCAGAGGAUUCACACAGGAGAGAAACCUUACAAAUGCAGUGAAUGCGACAAAUCCUUUUACAGAAGAGACAAACUUAGACAUCAUUACAGAAUCCACACAGGAGAGAAACCUUACAAAUGUAAUGAAUGUGGCAAAUCCUUUUACAGAAGAGACAGACUUAGACAUCAUCACAGAAUCCACACAGGAGAGAAACCUCACAAAUGUAGUGAAUGUGGGAUAUCCUUUUCCAGGAAAGACAAUCUUACAAGUCAUCAGAAAAUUCACACAGGAGAGAAACCUUACAAAUGUUGUGAAUGUGGGAAAUCCUUUUUCAAUAAAUACAGUUUUACACUUCAUCAGAGAAUCCACACAGGAGAGAAACCUUAUAAAUGUAGUGAAUGUGACAAAUCUUUCACUGAGAAACGUAACCUUACAACUCAUCAGAGAAUCCACACAGGAGAGAAACCUUACAAAUGUAAUGAAUGUGAAAAAUCCUUUUCAAAGAAAUACUAUCUUACACUUCAUCAGAAAUUCCACACAAUAUAUAAACCAAAAAUGUAGUGAAUAUGGCAAAUCCUUUUCCAAAAACUGAUAUCUUACAACUCAUCUCAUAAUCCGCACAGGAGAGAAAUCUUACAAAUGUAGUGAAUGUGACAAAUCCUUUAAUACAAAAUAGUAUCUUAGAACUCAUCAGAGAAUCCACACAGGAGAUAAUCCUUAAAAAAUGUAGUAAAAGUGACAAAUCCUUCAACACAAAAGAUCAUCUUAGGGCUCAUCAAAGAAUUUACGCAGGAAAGAAACCUUACAAUUGUAGUGAAAGUGGCAAAUCCUUUAACAGAAGAGACCAUCUUAAAAUUCAUCAGGGAAUCCACACAGGAGAGAAACGUUACAAAUGUUGUGAAUGUGACAAAUCCUUGUCAAAGAAAUGCUAUCUUACAACUCAUCUGAAAAAUCCACACAGGAGAGAAACCUUGCAAAUGUAGUGAAUGUGACAAAUCUUUAUCACAAAAGACUAUCUUAGAACUAAUCAGAGAAUGCACCCAGGAGAUAAACCUUACAAAUGUAGUGAAUGUGACAAAUCCUUUUCCAAGAAAUGUUAUUUUUUAACUCAUCUGAGAAUCCACACAGGAGAGAAACCUUACAAUUGUAGUGAGUGUAACAAAUCAUUUAGCAGAAAAGGCUGUCUUAGAUUAUAGAUUAUAAGAGCAGGACUUUCCCAUAGAAUAUUUGUAACUGUUGAUAUUCAGUUUUCUGUUACUAUCAGUUUGGGAAAAGUUAUUUAAUGCUCUAAAAUGGACAUUUUUCUCUUGUCUGGGCAACAAUUGUCACCAUGUACUGAUUUAAUUUGGAAAGAGCAGAUUACCACUCUGUUUUGAGGUGUCUGGACUCUUUCCAUUUUUCCACGUUAGGUUUAAUGGUGUAUAUAGGGUUGUGGCUUCUAAUGUACCUUGCACUGAAGUAUGUUCUUCCUAUUGCAUGAAUCUUAAAAUCCUUCACAAUGACUAAAGAUGAAAAUUUACCAUAUGUCUGUUGUGACUAUAUUAAAUUAAUCAUUUUCCUUCUUUCAGAACCUAAAAUUUGAUGACUUACAUGGGUAAAUCUGUACAUGUUAAAAAGUUUUUUUUUAAUGCUUCAUCUUGGGAGAGAAGGAUAGAUGGCCAUUCACCUUGUGAUUUCUGCAAUCUCAGAUUGCAUUUCUCUAUUUGCAUAAGUUACAUUACCUCCAGUCUUUAGAAUAAGCGUCCUUGUACCAUUUUCUUAGUGUCAUUUGUGACCAUUACCUUUUUGUUUGACUGGAUAUUUUGUCUUUAUUUUGUUUUCUCAUUUUUUGAAGUGGAAAGCUCAUUAGACUACUGUUUGUUGACACCUCAAAGCAGGGGUAUGGGAAUCCACUGUUUAUAAAUUAAUUCAGCACAGAGUGUCAGUUGUUGUUCUGACAGGACAAAAUUGGCCAUUUAAAAGGAUUAAAUACCUUACCAGAAACUGUUAUUGACAUACAACUCAAUAUCAAUAGUUACAAAUAUUCUGUGGGAAAGUCCUGUUCUGAUCAUCGUUGGUGAUUUCUCCCUCAGUCAGGAGGGAAAAAAGGGCAGAGCACUAGGACCAGUGUGUAAGAAACAUGUUAGAUACCUUAAUGAUAGCACCCAAAGUGCUAAGGGUACUGUGUACAUUUGUGGGGAGAAGAGUUGUCAAUGACCUUGCUCAGAUGUUAACCCUCUGUGACAUAACACCAACCUGCCAGGCGCAGUGUGUUCCUACACUGACAAAGCACAGGGCCACAAGAGCUACCAGAAUCAAUCAGCAGUAGGCUGGUCAGCCCCAAUGUAUUUUCCUUCUUUGUCUUCUUUGUAACCAAUAUCUUCUCCUUGAACCUCACUUGUACACAUGCUCAUAAUGAAUUCUGUUACAGAAAAGAUUAUGCAUAUGAAAACUUUCAAAAAAAUCUAUUGAACAAGCUUAAAAGAGCCAGUCUGAAUCUGAGUCUCAUUGUGUUGUUGGGAUGUGGGUGACAUUUAGAGGCAUACACAGAAAUAAAUGAAUACAAAACACUAUUUAACUGAAGUCAAGGCUGAGAAUUUAGACAUACAUCAGGUGUCCCAUGUGCAUGAGCACUAUAUACAAAAACUGUGAAACAAGUCACAGCUUGGUUGUUGCUUCCCUUGUCUUCCAAAAGCAGUGUCAUAGUGGGAAGACAAUUUUCUGUGUAUUGAAAUGAAUUCUGUUUGAAUUUUUGGCAAGUUCAAGGGAAAUGCCAACCACUGGAAACCUGACCAACAGCCUAUGACGGGGAUGGUGACAGGCCAUGAGAGAGAGUACACACAUGAUAUUAUGCUACUUGUAUAGAUGCUCAAACUGAGUUCACAUGAUUAUUUGCACACCACAACCUGGUUCUGUUUCAGCCUCUGACCAAUAAACUUUAUAUGCAAUAUGUGGUCAUUAUUUCAGGGAUUCAUCACUUGCCACAUAAAGAGAUUGCGUGAGAAUUGUCUACACAGCCAUAAAGAAAAAUAUCCAUAGAUCUGGUUCAAAUACUAGGGAGUAUAAUGGAGGAGGGGACAACAUAUGGAAUCAAAAGACUAAGAACUUUAGCUAUGAAAAAAAUAUACUAAAUAUUAAGAAGAAUAUUCUGGAAACAGCUGAGGCAGCACAAAGAAGCUGAGCGUACAGUACACUCUCAGGGAAUAUCAUUUAUCCCAGCUGUGAUUACAGAUGGCAGUGCAGAGGCAUAGGAGCAACAGAAGAUGAAAACAUAAGAGUAUAAAGACACAGACCAAUGCUAGGGAGCAUCAGUUCCAGAAGCAGAACAACAAUAAUGACCACAUGAGUGUCACCAACAUAAAGCACUGGUGUUACACAGUAGUCAGCCUCAUCAGUCAAUGGUAAUGACAAAACUAUCUACCAGAGAGAAUAUAUGGUUACAGGUCUGAUUCCCACUCUACAAUGAAUCACAUACAGAUGGGGGAUGUCCUGUAUUCUGAAAAUAUAUUUUUCUUACUGCUUGAUGAAUAAACCUGUUUCAGUUAGUGGACAGGCAGGAUGUAGUCAGGCAGGAAGUGUGGGGACCAGAGACCCUGGCCAGAAACCCACUCCUCGAUCAGCCUGGGAGCAGGCAGCUGUGAGACAAUGUUUACUGAAAACAAUUCAGUGCCAUAAGUACUUGGUCACUGAAACACUCUGACUUUGAUCUUCCCGAUAGCUAGCUACUCCCUGUUGUUCCCAAUUUUGGUGCCAGAGAUUUAACCACCAGCCAGGAGGAAAGAGUAGAGGGAUGUGUGAGAGGUAUGUUGGAGAUUUGUGCAUGUAUAGAGGGCAGAAGUGUUUCUGAAGGGAAGCGUUUUUCUUGGGAAUUUCUCCUAAGCCAAUAUUGGGAGCAUAAAGUAUUCUUAAUGCAA